CCCCACCAAAACCUCGCCGACACCAAGACUCGGCCAAUCCGACAUUAUGGGACUUCAAGAAUACCAGGUUGUGGGUCGCCCUCUCCCCACCGAUGCCACCCCGACUCCCCCCAUCUACCGCAUGCGCAUCUUUGCGCCCAACGAGGUUGUCGCGAAGUCUCGUUUCUGGUACUUCCUGCGUCAAAGCAAGAAGGUCAAGAAGGCCAGCGGUGAAAUCAUUGGCGUUAACGUCAUCCACGAGAAGAAGCCCUUGAAGGUCAAAAAUUUUGGCAUCUGGAUCCGCUACGACUCUCGUUCCGGCACCCACAACAUGUACAAGGAGUUCCGUGAGCUCUCUCGUGCCGAUGCGGUCAAGUCGCUCUACCAAGAUAUGGCUGCGCGUCACCGCGCCCGCUUCCGGUCUAUCCACAUCCUCCGCGUUGUGGAGAUUGAGAAGUCGGAUGACGUCCGCCGCCCUUACAUUAAGCAGCUCCUCCAGCCGAAGCUCAAGUUCCCCCUUCCUCACCGUGUCGCGAAGGCGAAGUCGAUCUUCGUUGCCAAUCGCCCUACAACCUUCUAAACGGGUGUUUAAGUCGUUGUGGGGUCGAGAGGGGUGUGCUUAACUGGUGGAUGUUGCCAAAAUAUGUUUUCCAUCUGUUUUGCGUACAACGUCAUGGUAGUAUGGCUUAUGCUAUGUGUCGCUCAGGGAUGAUUCUGUCGUCUGUGCCACCGCUAAACUGCAAUGUACGGAGCUCAACGAUGCCCAGGGCAUUCGCUACUAUGCAUCGCAGGGUAUUGAGGUACCCGUUGAAUUUUG